CCCAUAGAAUGGCCCACUGGAUCCGUAAAGUGGGCUGCUUUCUUAGCAGAAAGACCCAUAAAGAAGACUUGCAGAAAUGUAAAAACUCCGUAGCCGUAGGCAAAGCUGAAAGAAGAGGAGGAAGAUGGAGUUGGAGGCAGUUCCAUUCGGGGUAAUGGUAAAAGAGGUGCUCCUGAAGUUGGACACGGAGACGCUUUGCUCGGUGGCAUGUGUCAGCAGAGCCCUCCGAUUCUCCGUCUCCCAAGCCCUUCCCUUACUCUCCUCUCUCCAUCUAUCCGCAUUUUCUCCGGAUGCCCAGACUCUGGCUCACAUUCUUUACAGGUGCAGCGGCCUUAAUUGCCUCACCCUCAAUUGCCUCCGCCUCGAUGAUUCGUCUCUGGGGAGAUUCCUCGGUCCGCAUCUCCAGGAGCUGAAUCUUCUCAGCUGCUCUUUGCUCUCUUAUCAAAUUCUUGCUUCCAUCGGGGAAACCUGCCCCAAUCUAAGGGUGCUUAUGCUGGAAUUGGUAGAGCAGGAAUCACCUGAAGUAUUCAAGAGUAACCUUGCCCGAAUGCUUAGUGGGUGCUUGUACUUGGAGUCACUCUGUCUAAAGAUUCGAGGAACAGAUGUUGAUGCAAGUGCUUUCCAGUCUGUUCAAUUCUUCCUGCCCAAAACUCUCAGAAUCCUGAAGUUACACCCAGUGCUUGAGCAAGAUGGGAUCCAGCUCAUAAGUAAACUUCAAGUUGAUAGGACUUUUUCUGAGACAGCUGAUUUUUGCAUCACCUUCUCUCCAUUAACAGCGGGUUUUUCAUUGCAGUGCUUGUCACUGGUCUUAGAUAUUAUAUCCGAUGAGCUAAUCAUUUUGAUCACCAACUCUCUUCCUCUUUUGAUAGAGCUGGAUCUUGAAGACAGACCACAUAAGGAGCCAUUACUGCACCACGACUUGACCAACAAUGGGCUUCAGUCCUUGGGCUUUUGUCAUCGUUUAACAAGUCUCUCACUUAUACGGAGUAGACGGAAUCACCAAGUGUCAUUCAAAAGAAUAAAUGAUAUGGGCAUGUUUCUCCUUUCUGAGGGCUGCAAAGGUCUAGAGUCAGUGAGACUUUGUGGGUUCUCUAGAGUUAGUGAUGCUGGCUUUGCAUCAAUUCUACACUCCUGCCAGAGGUUGAAGAAAUUUGAAGUCCGUAAUGCCUUAUUUUUGUCAGACUUGGCCUUUCAUGAUCUCACUGGGGUCCCUUGUCCCCUUGUUGAGGUGAGAUUGUUGUCAUGCAGUCUUAUAACCAGCGAAACUGUGAAAAAACUGGCCUGUUCUAGGAGCUUGGAGGUGCUUGACCUAUGUGGCUGCAAGAGUAUAGCAAAUUCCUGCCUGAGCUCCAUUUCCUGUCUUCAUAGAUUGACUUCAGUGAAUCUCUCGGGAGCUGACGUUACCAACUAUGGUUUAUCUAUUCUUGGUCAGGGUAGUCCACCGAUUACACAUUUGUGUAUAAGAGGCUGCAAGAGGGUAACUGAUGAAGGACUCUCUCUUUUGCUCCAUGGUGGAGGGACAAUUAGCAAAUCAUUGUCAGCCCUGGAUUUGGGACACAUGCCAGGAAUAUCAGAUAAAGCAAUACUUACAAUUGCUAAGGCUGGUAUAGGCAUUACCGAGUUAUGUAUUAGGUAUUGCUUUAAUGUGACUGAUUCAUCAGUGGAAGCCUUAGCUAUGAAGAGAAGGUUCCAAGAUGAAAGUAAACUACUUCGAAGGCUUGAUCUUUUUAAUUGCAUUGGCUUGUCUGUUGAAUCAAUGAGGUCACUGAAGAGGCCUUCAUUCCCUGGAUUACAUUGGCUUGGUAUUGGGCACACGCGUUUGACCGGCAAAAGAACUGCUGUUUUAACUGAAAUUUGCAGGGAGCGACCAUGGCUGACUCUGUGUUUGGAUGGCUGUGAAAUGGGAUGUCAUGAUGGAUGGCAAUUUCAUGGACCGGAUUAUCGUUGAUCUUGAUUCUGGCGUUAAUGAAUUCCUUCCCCCCACCCCCACACCCCCCCCCCCCCCCCUUUUUUUUACCAUAAUAGAUGUGUUGCAACUGCACAUAGUUUCCCUCAGAAAUCAUGCAGGACAAAUCCCCCAUUGUUUGCUUUUUUCCUCAGAAAGUAUAGCCCCGCGAGGCCAAGGUGGGGGUUGGGCUCCGGCUCAGGAGCUGUAGCUGGGCAGAGAUGUUCACCUGUGUCUGUUUGAGGUAUAGUCAGUUCACCGGGAGGAUUUAAUUUAAAGUUUUCUCCUGGAAAUUUUACUAAAAUUCUCACAGCAUCUUCCCCGCUCACCCGAAAACUUUUUUCUCUGAAAAACCUCCAGAUCCAAAAGCCAUGGGAGGGAAGCUCUGUCAUCUUCUCUUUCUUCUCUCCUCCUCCUCCUUUCCCUCUUUGCUUAUGCCUUUUUUAAGGCUCCUAUCCUGUUAGAGUUUUCUCUAGCCUUAUCUGCCCCUUUGGAGGCCCUUUAUCUACUUUCCUUACCAUCAACAUAGCUUUCAUUAGCCAUCUCUCUCCUCUACCGUGCCUUUCGCCAAAUUUGGAUAUUAUCCCAAGUCGAAUUUUUCGAAGUUAGAUCUACAUUCUUAAGCCAAAUUUAGCACGACAUGUACCUUUUCAUCGUAUUCCCCGUCUUCUUCCGCCUCUAUCAACAUUGCGCCGGGACUUAUUUGGACAUCCACGCACCGGAGCAUGGCUUGCAUGCGCUAGCGAAUGAAUCUCACUCACUAACAUGUGGUGGGUACGUUCCUCAUCCCAGCCUUCUCAUGCUUCUGUUGUCAGUUGUUUUGUGGUCUUCACGGGCCGGCGCCGGUGAUGUUCAGUCAUGCUUGUAGCCUUAGUUCAUCCCUUCCGAUAUUGUGAUGAUCUUGUUUUGCUAUUUUUGUAUUUAUAGGCUUUUUGUUAUUAUGUUGUUUUAAAUCCACACCUUGCUUAACCGCCUUUACUGGCGGCCUCGGUUCUUGACAUUUGUGCUAAGAAUUAAUAGGGUCGCGUUAUUCAUUUGAUACAUUCCCUCUUAAUUUAUGCCUUCUCUGGUGCUGAAGGUUAACCUCAA